AUUACUGUCACAGAGCUUUAAACAUAAAGCAUGGGCCAGUGACAGCUAGUGAAUAACUGAUAUCUGAAGCCUAAAACAUCAAGAAAAUCUUUCCAAAUCUUUCAAGACUGUAAUAUUUGGAGAUCAUCAUGAGAAUAAGCUAUGUAAAGACAUUACUUCCAGUCUUGUCUGUUACUAUGUUGUUUCUUUAUAUGAGCUUAUUGAGAAGGAAAAUCCAAAUGCAAGACAAGCAGCUCCAUCAAGUCCAGCAGAACUUCUCGUUACACAACGCACUUCUGCUCAACAAGCUGGACAAACUGGAGGUUCAUUUAGUAGCAGUGGAAGAGAGAAGCCUCAAAAAGAAGAAGCCAGCAAAGAAGCUGUUUCCAAAGUCAUACCUUUUCCAAAAAUGGACAGUUGAACUUUCUGAGGAUGACCAGAGGAAGGCUGAGGUUCUCUUUCAGAAAUAUGGCUAUAAUGCUUUCCUCAGUGACCAGUUGCCUCUGGAUCGGGAGCUGCCGGAAACUCGAGAUCACAGAUGCAUUGGUCGUGAAUACCCCCACAAUCUCCCCACCCUCAGCGUGGUGCUGAUUUAUCUGGACGAGGCUCUGUCUGUCAUUCAAAGAGCCAUUUGCAGCAUCAUCAACAGAACUCCAGCCCACCUGCUCAAAGAGAUCAUACUGGUAGAUGAUCACAGCACAAAUGAAGAUCUGAAAACACAGCUCCACGUUUAUAUCAGCUCCAUCAAUGAGAAGCACCCAGGUCUGUUGAAGAUGGUGACCCAUUCAGAGCAGAAAGGACUUUCCCAGGCCAGAAUCUCAGGGUGGAAGACUGCAACUGGGGAUGUGGUUGCCAUUUUGGACGCCCACAUUGAGGUCCAUAUCAAAUGGGCAGAGCCUCUGCUUGCACGUAUCCAGACUGACCGUACGCUGGUCCUGAGUCCGGUGUUUGAUAGAAUCAAUUACUAUGACCUUCAAGUGACAAACUAUUUCGCAUCUGCUCAUGGUUUUGACUGGGCUCUCUGGUGCAUGUAUGUGGGAUUUCCACAGAAGUGGUAUGAUCAAAAUGAUCCUUCACAGCCAGGAAAGAGUCCCUCUGUAAUGGGAAUACUUGUGGUUGAUCGUCUGUUCUUUGGAGAGAUUGGGACUCUAGAUGGAGGUAUGGAGGUGUACGGAGGAGAAAAUGUUGAAUUAGGAAUACGGGUGUGGCUGUGUGGAGGAAGUAUAGAGAUUAUACCAUGCUCUAAAAUUGCUCACAUUGAGAGGGCACACAAGCCAUAUGUAGCUGAUCUUAGAAAUGUCAUGAAAAGAAAUGCCCUGAGAGUGGCAGAAGUUUGGAUGGAUGAAUACAAGAUAAAUGUGAAUAUCGCCUGGGGUCUUCCUAUACAGAACCAUGGUGUAGAUAUUGGUGAUGUAUCGGAGAGAAAGAAACUGAGAGAAAAGCUGAAAUGCAAGCCAUUUAAAUGGUAUCUGGAAAAUGUCUAUCCUGAGUUAAAUCCCUUUAAUUUAUUAGGUUAUGGAGUGCUGAUUAAUGAUCUGCAAACAAGGUUAUGUUUGGAUAAGGGGCCAUCUGAGGAGAACACUCCCAUUUUAUAUCCAUGUCAUUUCAUGGGAUCUCAGAUAUUUUAUCAUACCACACGUGGUGAGAUAUUUGCACAUCCCCUUGAGUCCCUUAAAAACAAUAGGAACCGAUGUCUAAUUGAUCCCGGCUCAGGCAGGUUUCCAGUGCUGUCCUGGUGUUCAGAAACUGAGAAACCAAAACACAUGUACUGGGACUUCAAACAGGGCCAGGCCAUACAGAACAGAGAAACCAAACGCUGUCUGGAGAUCAGCACUGAACAGACAGGAAAUUAUGAAAAGAACGUUUUUCUUCAGGACUGCAGAGACCAACACUGGAAGAUACAGAAUGUAAUUUAGGAUUUUUUAAGAUAUAAUCAAACUAUAUAAACACAGCUAACAUUCUGCUAAGCAAUGAACUGAAAGAGACUCUGAAAAACUUUCCUAUUUCAACUCAUCUACCCUAUUCCUAACAGGACAUGAUGCCAGUGUUUAUUCCAAAAAUAAUUAAUCCAAAACUUCUCUCAUCAUUUACUGAGCAGAAAACUGUUGUUUACCAUACAAAAAAAGUGAAUUCUGUGAAAAUACUGACUUACAUCAUACAGCCCUCCUGGAGCAUUUCCCAUCUGCGUGGAGUCGUAUGUCUUUUCAUGUAGCUAGCUAUAAAUUCACGUCUAUCCUUUUUGAGAAAUGUAUGUUACAUGUGAUAAAAAAUAAAAAAGAUUGCAUGCUAA